CGCGGGCGGAGAGACGCGCGGAGAUGACGCAGGCAGCACCGGAAGCCGCUCCCCUGUGAGACUGCGGACCCCGAGCAGCGGCCGCUGGUCCAGGCGCCAUGGCUGCGGAGCGGACCCGGCCGCUGCGAGGCUCUGGCGGCCCGAGCGCGCCUAGUCGGUGUGAGCCCGGCGCGAGGUCCCGGGCCCCGGGGCGCUCGCUCAGGUAAAUUUUUCCAUAACCUUAUGGAGAGAAAGGACUUUGAGACAUGGCUUGAUAACAUUUCUGUUACAUUUCUUUCUCUGACGGACUUGCAGAAAAAUGAAACUCUGGAUCACCUGAUUAGUCUGAGUGGGGCAGUCCAGCUCAGGCAUCUCUCCAAUAACCUGGAGACUCUCCUCAAGCGGGACUUCCUCAAACUCCUUCCCCUGGAGCUCAGUUUUUAUUUGUUAAAAUGGCUCGAUCCUCAGACUUUACUCACAUGCUGCCUCGUCUCUAAACAGUGGAAUAAGGUGAUAAGUGCCUGUACAGAGGUGUGGCAGACUGCCUGUAAAAAUUUGGGCUGGCAAAUAGAUGAUUCUGUUCAGGACGCUUUGCACUGGAAGAAGGUUUAUUUGAAGGCUAUUUUGAGAAUGAAGCAACUGGAGGACCACGAAGCCUUUGAGACCUCAUCGUUAAUUGGACACAGUGCCAGAGUGUAUGCACUUUACUACAAAGAUGGACUUCUCUGUACAGGGUCAGAUGACUUGUCUGCGAAACUAUGGGAUGUGAGCACAGGGCAGUGUGUUUAUGGCAUCCAGACCCACACUUGUGCGGCAGUGAAGUUUGAUGAGCAGAAGCUUGUGACAGGCUCCUUUGACAACACUGUGGCCUGCUGGGAAUGGAGUUCCGGAGCCAGGACCCAGCACUUCCGGGGGCACACGGGGGCGGUGUUUAGUGUCGACUACAAUGAUGAACUGGACAUCUUGGUGAGUGGCUCUGCAGACUUCACUGUGAAAGUAUGGGCUUUGUCUGCUGGAACGUGCCUGAACACACUCACCGGGCACACAGAAUGGGUCACCAAGGUGGUUUUACAGAAGUGCAAAGUCAAAUCUCUCUUGCACAGCCCUGGAGACUACAUUCUCUUAAGUGCGGACAAAUAUGAGAUCAAGAUUUGGCCCAUUGGGAGAGAAAUCAACUGCAAGUGCUUAAAGACAUUGUCUGUUUCUGAGGAUAGAAGUAUCUGCCUGCAGCCAAGACUUCAUUUUGAUGGCAAAUACAUCGUCUGUAGUUCAGCACUGGGUCUUUACCAGUGGGACUUCGCCAGUUACGAUAUUCUCAGGGUCAUCAAGACUCCCGAGAUAGCAAACUUGGCCUUGCUUGGCUUUGGAGAUGUCUUUGCCCUGCUGUUUGACAACCGCUACCUGUAUAUCAUGGACUUGCGGACAGAGAGCCUGAUUAGCCGCUGGCCUCUGCCAGAGUAUAGGAAAUCCAAGAGAGGCUCCAGCUUCCUGGCAGGCGAAGCGUCCUGGCUGAACGGACUGGACGGGCACAAUGACACGGGCUUGGUCUUUGCCACCAGCAUGCCUGACCACAGUAUUCACCUGGUGUUGUGGAAGGAGCACGGCUGAUGCCACGAGCUGCCACCGCUGACUGACUUUGGGUGCCAGGGCUGCGGGUUUUGAGUGCAACCUCUGUGGCAGCCGACUGCAUGAACCAAAGUUCUCACCUAACGGUAUCAUCACGCAGUGCACAAUCAUUUAUCUACGUUUGCCAGGGGGCGGGGCUCGGGGUGGGGAGGGCUUGUUUAGUGACACACACCGCAGCAUGCUGAUGGGGAACACCAUGGACUUCAUUCGUACUUAGUUAUGUUGGUCAGUAUAAGAGGGUGCAUUCGGGGUUCAUCUUUCCUGAGUAUUGGUUUUAAGUAAAGAAAUUUAAAUGGCUCAUUAAUCUGCUAAUUGGUUGCCUAUGAAAACACAUUCAGUCCAUUAUUAAAGCUUUUUACCAUUGCCUUUUUUUCUUUUGAAGUUGCAGCAAAGGUGCUAUGAUGUUGUUUCAGCAACUUUUCUCACAUGGGGCUUAGCUUUUAUAACAGCCAGUGUUACAAAGACCACCAAGUCCUGUGACAUUUGUAAACUCUCCUCCAAAUACUAGUUCUGAAGAAAAUCUGUCUUCCAGCGCCAUUCCAGUUCCAUAAAUUGAUGGUUUGUAAUACAUUUUAAACCCUAGUUCUUGGCAGAGUCAAGGCUGGCCAUGUCUGAGGUGUGAGAGUUCUGUAGUUUUUGUUUCUGUGUGGAGUGAGCCGGUGCUGGGUCCCGCACAACCUAGGUGACUGCGCAGAGGUGCCAUGGUACGGUAGAAAGAGCGCUGAGUUGGAAGGUUGAAGACUGGCUCUGUUCCCAGGAACCCUGCACCCCAGGCACGCGCUUCUCUGGGCCCCGUUUCCCUGUCUGCAUAGCUAGUUGUUAGGCCAAGUGAUCGAAGAUUCUUUCUGGCCUUGUGUCUGCUGAGGUGUGCAAACGUUGAUUAUUUGUUUCUGUCUGAUUGCUGAUUCAUUGUUUCUUUGGGUUUGGAGACAAUGCAUAAAUGAAAUCACUGAUACAAAGCUGUCAUCUAUGAGGAAAUCAAAUACCCGGAAAAGAUUGGAUAAAAGGGAAUGUAGAAAAUGUUCACACGUUCCACUUUAAAAACAUAAGUGGUUGGUGGAAGAAGUGCUGAUGGGCGUUGUGCUUCUCCAGAAGGCAGUGUGCCACAUUAGAAAGGAAGGUCCCCGACCCUGACUUUUCCUCCUCCUUUGCCUCUAACUUGAUGCGUAGUCUCAGGCAGGUUAAACUUUCUGUUGAAAAUGAGGGAAUUGCCCUAAAUUAAGAUUCACAAAUCCACAUACCCAGAGGAGCCACGCAGGUAACGGAAGCAAUUGCAGUGCUAGGUCGGAUUGAGCCACACCAGGGGGAGCCUGUCUAGGGGGUGGUUACUCAGCCCUGAAUGUGAGGCAGAGACAAGCCCAGUGUUGGCAGGUGUUUUGGUUUUUCAGGGGGACGUAGAAAUCCAGAAUUGUAACACCCUAAUUUUAAAAAUGUUGAAACUAAUUGAAGAUAAUUUAAAAUGCAGUGGGCUAAACAAAGCAUGUCUGUGGGCUGCCACUUUGCAUUCUCCACCCUCUCAUUCCUGUAAAGUUACAUAAUGCUGCGAUUUGGCAGUGGAAGUGUUUUAACGUAAUUGUCACAAACAUUAGGGAGAAAGGAGAGGGAGCAAGCAGUCGGAAAAAUUCAGCUCUUUCCCACUGCGUUACAGGGGAGUGAGGGGGGCAUAUUUCAUUCACAGAUCAACAGGAAAGUAGUUUGAAGAUGAACUUGAGAACUGGAGCCUGAGUUGAGAGCUUCUGCCUAGAAAUAAGAGUUCUUCAUUCUUCUCGUUAACUCUGAUAUGAAGCAUAUCCAUUUUUCAGGUAGGAAAAGAGUUGCCAGCAGAGCUAGGAAUGAUUCAAACUACAGUGGGGACACAGCUCCCCCAGAAUCCUGUCAGCCUAGAGCCUGACUACGGACCUCUGAAUGCUGGGAAGUUAGGGUUCUAGGGAAAUGAUGGUUGUUUCCAAGGACAGGUUUACUUAAUAUCCAUGUUGAGACUCUAGGGGAUUCGGUAAAAGAACAGUAUCUUUCUCUGUCCCCCAGGUCCGUCUCACGUUGAAUCCUGUGUGUGAGCUCUGCUUGGUCCUCCAAGAAAUGGAACCAGAUUUGAAGCAGGAAUCUAUUUUGCAGGAGCCUCAGGAGGCUUUGAGCAAUGAUGAGGGUAAAUGACUUGCCCCUUUUCAUCCAGCCAGAACAAAAUGAGGUUACUGAUCUUAGGACCAUCCCUACUCCCACCUUACCUUCAGAUGUAUCCAGGGGCUUCAAAGAGCGAGUGAUUGUAAUUAUAGUGGUUGGUGGGGAGAGCUUUUUGAAAACAAACCUGAGACUUGUGUAGCAUCUCCCACUUGCGUUCCCUGUGGUGAACGCCCAGGUUUCCGGUCAGGGCGGCGCAGCUGGCGUUGACAGCAGUGCUGGAGGCAGUGGUUGGAGUCUGGACUCCAGUUCCUCCUCAGAGGCCUUCGUUUCACCUGAGCGUUUUAUUUAAUUGCUUUUUCAAUGCUAGGUUUAUUCAUAGUAUCUCCAGCUCUUAUAAAAAUGGAAAAUAACCCUUAAAAAAAAUAAGGCGAGGCAGGGAGGCAGCAAGAGCAGUGGGUGGGGGGGAUGGGUAACUCAGUCCCCUUUCAGGGAGUUAGGGGGCCUGUCUUCCCCACACACUAACUUUUGUGUCCUUAGGUCAGAGGCAAGGGACUUAUCUUCGCCUCUUCUUUUUCGUGAAUAUUCUCAUUUCUGAAAAUUCUUAAGUCUUGAACAAGUAGACUCCAUCUGGGAUGAGCAAUGGAGUUUUUGAGUGGCCCUGGUGUGGUGGAAGCGGGGCUUCUCUCCUAGAUUUAUGAAGGGAACCGUAACAACUUCAGGCUUCGGGGAAGGUCGGGGUCCAGGACAGCUGAGUGAAUGUGAGGUUUUAGCAGACUGUUGGCAUUCCAGAGGAAGCUGGCUUCCUCCAGCUCCAUUAUUUGCAGUAAUAAGUGUUGUCACAACUGAUUCUAACUUGACCUUUUAGACCUAUCAGAGAGGUAGGAGGAAAGACUUCCUUCAGUGGAGGGGCUAGACUUUGAAGAAGUUCCACAGGAAGGUACACUUAUUUGAGUAGCUUUUAAGUGGAAACGGGGGAAUAUUGCUAUUAAAUUUUAAGGCAUGCACUUCACUUUUCAUAGUUGAAAAUUAAUCUGGCCAUUGAAAACACUUAGUAAAAUGUGAAUGAGGAUUAUAUAGUCAUUCUAGUGUUUGCUGUCAAGAGGAUGGUUACUGCUCUGCAUUUGUGAAACAUCUUAGGGAGAAAAGAAAUACUUUUGGAAACAGUAUUGUUUUAGACAAGACAUUGUUUCUGUUAGGUGAGGCAUUUCCAUCAAAAAGAAGUAGCUCUGGAGAGUGGAGCCUGGCUUUGGCCAAACCCAGCCAGCUCCUUGAAGCUGUGACCAUGUGUCCUGGCUUCUUGGGAGCCCAGAGGUAAAUCUUCCCACUGUCACUCUUGUAGCUCUCCUCGCCUCCUCGUCUGGGCCUGUGUCGGGCCUUGGUGUCUGGGCCGCUUGCCGUCCUCUGUAGGGAAGUGUGCAGUCGGAUUGCUGCCCCAGGAUGCAGCCUGGGCUGGGGCACACUCACCUUUGCCUUUAGGGCCAUAGAGUUGUCAGGAUGAGGAGAGGCCCCUGAGGUCUGUCCCCUUGACAUAGCCUUCCUACCUGUUUUGCUGGUGCUUGCCAAGCUAUUUAAGACAACCGAGACACUUGAGAAUUCUGCAGUCCUCAGACAGAGUGUCUGAUGAAGAGACCAGGUUAGCACUCUGAACGGAAAUGCUGACCUGCCAUCUCCCCGUGCCUGCUCUAGGGAAGUGAAUUUUUUUCAGGAUGAAUCCGCAGACGGAUUACUGGGUGGUCUUUGUACCACUGCCAUCAGCAUAAUCAGGCUGAAAGGCCAUGCUCAGUGCAGAAAGGUGUUUUGCUGUCAAGUGGCUUCAGAGCGUUUGCAGUCCGCCCCAGAGUGGUUUAGUUGCUCACAGCUGGUACUGCAGUCUUGACCAGGUCAACCUACUUUAUUGCAGCUUAAAAGAAUCCAGCUGCUUCUACGCUUCAUGAAUGUGCUCAAAUAAAAAUGUGUCUUUGCAUAUUUAAACCUGGCAAAUUAUUAAUUCAGACGAUAAAAGCUCACGAUUGUUUGAUGUCCCUGUACUCACACUGUAAACAGACAUGUUUCACUAAUUUGGACUUAGUCCUCUUGAUGAGAAUGCUCAGGUUGAAUAAGGCUGGUCUCAUCAAGCCGACAUCUGUGGCAACGUGGAACUCAUGUUUCACUCGUCUGAUGUGUGUUGUGAUCUAGGGGGAAUGAGGUGAAGUUUAUAUUUGAACUGUCUGUGGGGGUGGGCGGGGGGAGAAGGGGCGGCUUAUGUAUGAGCAGACAGUGGCGUGAUUGUGGGACAAGAUGUCUGUAAGACGAGAAGUUAUUUUCAUGCACCAUAGAAGCAUUCUUACACCCACGAGUGACUGUGCUAACUACAAAUCACUUAUAUCUGCAUUGAAGCGGGUUCCCUUGAUUAGGCAACAUUUGGUUAGCCAAGCCCAAGUUAUUGUUUGUACUUGAAAAAAAAAUAAAGCUGCAUUUCCUUAAAAAUA